AUCAAUGAUGAGAGGUUUCCAGCGUCUAUUUAAUUACCUACAUAUACAUCGGCCGGCCGGCUUCCGCGUGAAGGAUGCCAAUGAACAAAACCCUUCCAAACGAGCAAAGACACUUGCACUUCCAGUCAAUACCUUGUCUAACACAUACCUCGGGCGUUCUGUUUCCAACAAAAGACGCGCCUAUUCAUUGAACACUUACGCUCAACACAUAUAAAACAGAAGCUCAAAAUGGACUCGGAGUCAACCAAUCCUCUUCCAUUUGAAAAUUUUUCUGGCAAUCUCAGGAGUAAAGUUGCCAUCGUGACUGGUGCCUCUCGGGGCAUUGGUGCCGGAAUCGCCUUCGAGCUGGCUCGCCGUGCUGGCACAUACACGUCCCAGAGCAGCGAAAAGGUGAUGGACGCCCUGAUUGAGAAGAUCGACGGUCUAGGCAACGGCUCCCAAGCCAUCAAAAUCAAGGCCGACCUGCGAGACCCUUCGGUUCCCAAGCAAGUCGUGGAGCAGGCGGUCGAAGCCUUCGGCGCGAACAUCGACAUCCUCGUCAACAACGCGGGCGCAGAGCUCGUCAAGCCGCUGCAGGACAUCACCGUCGAAGAAUUCGACUCCAUCUACCACUUGAACGUCAGAGCACCCAUGCGCAUGGUCCAGGCCGCCCUGCCGUAUCUCCGCGCCCCAGGUCGCAUCAUCAACAUCGGCUCCGUCGGGGCUCGAUACGGAUUCAAGAACCUGUCGGUUUACUGCUCAUCCAAGGCGGCGUUGGAGGGCUUCACCCGCUGCUGGGCGGCUGAGCUGGGCGCCGCGGGGCACACCGUAAACUCGGUCAACCCGGGACCUGUCCAGACUCAGCUGAUGGAGAACAUUCCCAAGGAUUACAUCGAGAUGCAAAAGUCGCAGACACCGGUCGAGAACCGGAUCGGGACGGUGGACGACGUCGCACAGGUGGUGGCUUGGCUGGCGAGUGAGGAGAGCCGGUGGAUCACGGGCCAGGUUCUCUCAGCGAGCGGCGGAUGGGCUAUGUAUUGAAAGAUGUAUUCCUUUUGGCGAUUAGAUAGAAGCGUUUUUGGAUAGAGUAACCGGAGUUCUAGAGAAUUCUCGUGCCACGACCUGCCAUGUCCCGAAACAGGCC